AUGACCAAAAAAAAACCCCCCAAAAAAAAACAGGAAUUCUCCGAGCUCUCCACCUCUCCACCGGAAGGCUACACCAUCUCCCUAGCCCCGUCCGAGACCCUACACACAUGGCACCUGACGCUCCGACCGCCGACGACGACGCCCUUCCACCCGGGCAUCUUCGGCAUCGUCCUCUCCCUCCCUGUUGACUACCCUUUCAAGCCGCCCAUCGUCAAGUUCGUCACGCGCAUCUACCACCCCAACGUGACCAACGACAGCCUGGGAAACGUCUGCCUGGCCAUACUGAAACCAGAGAACUGGAAGCCCAGCACAAAGAUUGCCGCCGUGCUCGACAGCAUCCGCAACCUCCUCGUCGAACCUCAGCCCGACGACCCCCUAGAGGAGCGCAUCGCUCACGAGUACAGGGCUGAUAGGGAAGGGUGGGAGGCCAAUGUUGCUACUUACGUUGAAAAAUAUGCUUCCAAGGAGCCAGAAUUUCCGCCCGCAUAG